UGCGGUGCGUCAAAUAUGCUCACAGGUCGCGAUGAUCUCUCGCCGUCGAGCAGUCUCAAUGGCUAUUCGGCCAAUGAAAGUUGUGAUGUUAAAAAGAUCAAAAAGGGUCCAGCGCCGCGUCUCCAGGAGGAGCUGUGUCUGGUGUGCGGCGAUCGGGCAUCCGGCUAUCAUUACAAUGCGCUCACCUGCGAAGGCUGUAAGGGUUUCUUUCGGCGCAGUGUCACGAAGAAUGCUGUGUAUUGUUGUAAAUUUGGGCACUCCUGUGAAAUGGACAUGUAUAUGCGACGUAAAUGUCAAGAGUGUAGACUGAAGAAAUGCCUAGCGGUAGGCAUGCGACCGGAAUGUGUAGUGCCGGAGAAUCAAUGCGCUAUGAAGCGACGUGAAAAGAAAGCGCAAAAAGAAAAGGAGAAACAAACAACUGGUAAUUCGCCUAUUGUUUGUAAGAGUGAAUCGAUAAAAAAUGAAAUACUCGAACUGAUGAAUUGCGAACAGCCGUCGCAUCCAACAUGUCCGUUGCUACCUGAUGAUAUUGUGGCCAAGUGCAAGGCGAGUAACAUUCCGCCGCUUACACGCAACCAGUUGGCGGUUAUAUACAAGUUGAUCUGGUAUCAGGAUGGCUACGAACAGCCAUCGGAGGAAGAUCUCAAGCGUAUUAUGAGCACCCCCGAUGAAAAUGAAAGCCCAAAUGAUAUCAGUUUUCGGCAUAUAACCGAAAUUACCAUUUUGACAGUACAACUUAUUGUGGAAUUUGCAAAAGGUUUACCGGCAUUUACAAAAAUUCCACAAGAGGAUCAAAUCACGUUGCUUAAGGCCUGCUCAUCGGAGGUGAUGAUGUUGCGCAUGGCCCGACGCUACGAUCACAAUUCGGAUUCCAUAUUCUUCGCCAAUAAUCGUUCAUAUACGCGUGAUGCGUACAAAAUGGCCGGUGUGGCCGAUAAUAUUGAGGAUCUAUUGCAUUUCUGUCGGCAGAUGUACUCGAUGAAGGUCGACAACGUCGAAUACGCGCUCCUCACUGCCAUUGUGAUCUUCUCCGAUCGGCCGGGACUUGAACAGGCCGAACUAGUCGAAGCGAUACAAAGUUACUACAUCAAUACGCUGCGCGUUUAUAUAUUAAAUCGGCAUUGCGGCGAUUCGAUGAGUCUCGUCUUCUUCGCCAAAUUACUCUCCAUUCUCACCGAGUUGCGCACGCUGGGCAAUCAGAAUGCCGAAAUGUGUUUCUCGUUAAAAUUGAAGAAUCGUAAACUGCCGAAAUUCCUCGAAGAAAUCUGGGACGUACAUGCGGUGCCACCCUCCGUGCAAUCACACAUACAAGCGACGCAAGCGGAACGCGAAAGUCUAGAGGUAAAUGCAGCAAUCGCCACCACAUCCACAUCGGCGGCAGCAAGCUCAUCAUCUGCCUCACCAACGGAUAUGGUCAGCGGUAGUGGCAGCAACUUUGCAAAUCACUCGCCCAGCUCCACGCCCGUCACAUCGUCAUCGAUCGGCUUGAAUGGUGGCUUGUCGUCAGCGACGGCGGCGGGUACAUCGAGCAUAUACGGCAUGCCACUAAAGCAGGAGUACAUCAUGGGGCCCGGUAGUGGCAUUGGCAUCGGCGGCAAUCUGACGCUCAAGUCGGAACAUUUAAUCGGUAUGCAGCUAUCUGGUGACCACCACAUGAUGGGCAUACAACUGAAGCAGGAGCAUCUGAUGGGUGGCGGCGACAAUAAUACGGCUGCAUAGCAGCACGCGCAUGUGCAGCAACAUACGCUGCUGCUCGCGAACGCAGGCAGUGGCAGCCGUGUGAUACACGACGACGAUGACAACAUGGAUGACAGUAUGGAUGAUUCUAUUAAUGGUGGUGAUCUCGUCGUGCACGCGAGCAGGGGAGUUAGUGUUAAAGCUAUGCAGCGGGGCGUCGGCGGCGGCAGCGGCGGUCAUGGGCUCGAGUGAUGGGAACGCAGCUAAUAGGAGAGAGAGAGGCGGGGAGUUAUUUGAUGUACACGGCGAGCGUGGCGCACCCUUUUGUUUGGUUUAAUAUUAAGCUUUUGUUUGUUGUUAAGCGGUGGGGAGUGGGCGCUGCGCAGUGCUGCGCUGCACGCGCGAUUGGCCUGAGUGUAUGGCAGCUAGACAAGCAAUUAAGGAAAUUAGUGAACAUAGAAGAAAAGCAAAUGUGCACUGUUGUAGCGGGGCGGACAAGGGCACAUAUGUAUAUGUAGGGCGUGUACGUUAAAUUUUGUUGGUUUACUGUACAAGCCAAAACAAAAAACUGCAGUUAUUUAGUGAUUAAGUGAAGGCGUGUGCAGGCGUUGUGGCGGUGCAUGGGAGGCAAAGAUGAAAGCAAAACAAAAAAUUAAUGUAAAUUAUUAUCGACGUUUACCAAACUGUCACAGAACGCACGCGCACACCAUUUUGUAUUUAUACAUUUAAA